AUGGAGCCGCGAUAUGAAAAACACCAUUUUAUUCCUCGAUUUAUACUCAAACAGUUCGCACCGAAAGACCAACCACCAACAGGACCACUUAUUGCCUCUAGCGAUGAUAGCCGUCGGAGGAAAAAGUCUAUCGGGAAGCGUCGGGACUUUCUAGUAAAUAAGGUUGACCUUGAGAGAUCGAUUCUAACUCAGCGGCCCGUGUCAACGGAAUUUGCCCUUAUUGACAUGUACCGAGACCCCGGUUUUGACCAAAAUCCUUACCAUCUCGAGAAAAAGCUUGCGAAACUUGAAAAUCAAGCGAGUGACAUUAUUAGUCGAGCAUUCAAGCAAUUCUCUCGGGGAUUGGUUCUCGAACUUAAACGAAGCGAGCUUGAUAACUUACGAAAGUUCCUUUUUUUGAUGAAAUAUCGAAACUCGGGAAUGUUUGAUCGCUACGACCACGACGACAUUGACGGCUAUCAAGCGGAUGACCGAAUGAGAAUGUUGGACUAUAUGCGGGCUCGAAACUUUGAAAAACCGCGUGAAGUGUGGUUUGACAACUUGAGACAAUUCUUAGAUCUCGAAAUGGAUCCCGCAAAAAGUUGGACAAAAACCCUGAAAACUCGGGUGUAUCCUGACGAUGCUAAGAUGAUGGAGCUGCAUAUCACAGGUAGCUUUAUCGCGUUUUGUGAGCCCUUAUCUUCAGGUGAUGAGUUUCUACUCACCCAAAAUGCGUUCUGCAUAUUUGAAGGCCCAUCAACAGGAACAUUUAACCCUCUGACUCAAAAGAUGGAGUGCAAUGUAUACAACGAAUAUCACAACUUUGCACCUCUAUCUCCCAGGCUUAUGAUUAUCUUGCGGAGUCAUCUACUCGAUUCAGGGGGUGAGGAGCCUCCUAUAUUGAGAAACUGGCGGGAUCAAGUUACAUCUGCGGUUCGAUCUCAACAUCUCUAUCCUGACAAAGCCGGAUCCAUCCUGCAACACCUUCCCAUUCGCAUUUGCCAGACCGUAUAUGUUCAAUCACGUGUUAAUUCAUCGACCUGUUUUGAUGUAAACGACAGAUUUUGCUUUCCAUGCUUCAAAAUCUCGUCGGGCCACUUGAAGACUAUCAACAAUCUCCUCCUAGAGGAAGCGAAUAUGACUACUUCAAUCGUCUAUCAUUCACACAACUCGCUCAAAACCAGCAUAGAGAGUUAUCUCAGAGAGGACACUCCUGGUAUAAAGAAUUUUCUGGGCGGUCUAUUUAGUGAGCGUCGUCUAUAUUUAACGACCCUGGAAAAGAUUGUGCGUGAUCUCGGUGGUUCUACAACUUGCAGAAUCCAUUAUCUUUCGCCACGUAUAAUAUCUCCGAACAUGCACAUGUCGUUAUUUGCUGCUGCAAAACUUGCAAUUGCGCUGUUGCAAAGCGAGGAAAAAGAAGCGCCUAUUCCUCAAGUCUAUUCUCUUUUAAAGCCAGAGGCAAGUCGAAAGACCUUUUGGAACGAUAUCCAUCAAGCCAGUCUUAUGGUCCUGCUAAGAUGCAGGAUUGACAUGUUCCUCAAGAACUCGCGUCUAACUGAUAAGGAGAAAUGUUACGUCCGACUAUCCCGGCAAAUUUUCUUCAUGACAUUCCCCGUAGAAAGAUUAUGGUUAUAUUUCAAGAUCGCCCGGAACCUAGACAAGUUCGACGAUGAUGAUUUCACCAUUCAGAUUGCGGAUCUUGAACUUAGUGGAGUGGAAGACAAAUUCACUAAAUUCCUUGCCUAUUUCCCUGAUAAGCGAGAAUAUCUCGUACCAAUGAUGUACUUUCAAGCUAUGCAGUGA